AUGAACUGGAAGGGAAGAUUCAGUUACAAAGUGACAAAAUUGAAGAAAAGGAAGCGAAUGGCGACGUGGAAAAGGCAGGGGAGAGGUGGCUUCCUUCGAGAUCGAAGUUCAUAUUUGAAAGAAAGGCCAAGCUCGGUGGCAGCACGAACUUUCAGAAUAGGCAAAUCUCGCCUCCUCUUCCUCAGAGAGAACGGGAAUGUUGAGCCCAGUGGCAACACAAAGUGUUUCUAUGAACUUGGCUCGGUUGGCAACCUCCCGGACGGCUGA